AUGGCUCCACCGGCGAAACUGACCCAGUAUACCCAGCUGAUCCUACUCCUCCUUGCAGCAGCAGUAGCUAGUGAUCACUUGACCCUGCACCAGGCUGCGGCUGCCGCCGAUGAACUACAAGGCCGACCGCAGCAGGGGCUGGGGCGUCCGGGUUGCCGGGACAAGUGCGGCGACAUGAGCAUCCCGUUCCCCUUCGGCAUGGACAAGCCCGGCUGCUUCCUACCCGGCUUCGAGGUCACCUGCAACACCUCCUCUACUCCGCCUCGCGCCUUCCUCGCCUACAACCACAGCCAGCCACCAUACCAGCAUAUUUACCAGUAUGCAUUCAACACUGAGGGUGGGGCUACAAGCCAAAUAGAGGGGCGUCAGGCGGUCGAGCUGUUCGACAUAUCACUCGAGACGAGCGAGGUACGUGUGUACAGCGGCGCCAAUUCCCGGUGCUUCACAAACGAAUCCGCGGGUUUAGACAAGGGUGAAUACAUGGAGUUGGACAGGGAGGGGCCGUUCCUCCUGUCGUCGACGCGCGACGAUCUCGUCGGCGUCGGCUGGAACGCCGAGCCCUCCAUGACAUACACGGUCAAGACCUCGCCGGACCCUCUCUCCUGCACUUCAAACGAUCCCUUCAUGUCGGCCACAGAUGGGGAGUGCUCGGGUCUGGGCUGCUGUCAGAUUGCCCUGCGGCCGCAGAUCUCGACUCUCCCUGUCAUUAGUACCGGGGUGAUCUUGAAGAAUUACAUCAAUAUUCGCUGGGAAACCAAUCCAUGCUCCUACGGCAUGGUGGUGGAGAGGUCAUGGUACAACUUCACGGAGGAGGACUUGUACGGCCACGAGGUGCUAUCUACGAAACUCAGCAGGGGCUUCCCGUUGGUGCUUGAUUUCGCCAUCAGGGACGGCUCGUGUGAGCGCGACGGCUGCCUCAGCGGCAACAGUUCUUGUGCCAUAGCAGCCGGAGGCUAUGUCUGCAAGUGCCGGGAGCAUUACAAUGGCAACCCCUACAUCACCGAUGGAUGCCAAGACAUCGAUGAAUGUCAGCUCCGAGAACAGAGUCCCGAGUUCCGUGAUUUAUAUCCGUGUGACGGGAUCUGCACGAACAUACCCGGAGGAUAUGACUGCCGAUGCAAACGCGGGAUGAAAGGCGACGCCAAAAAGGGAACCUGCGCCGAAAUUUUUCCCCUGUCAGCAAAGAUCAUCGUUGGUCUUGCUGGAUUGAUUGUUGUCUUUGUCAUCAUUGUUAUGGCCAAGCAACACCUAAAACUUAAGAAGUUCUAUGCACAAAAUGGUGGUCCAAUACUUAAUGGUGUCAAGAAUAUACGGAUAUACACGAGGAAACAGCUGAAACAAGUAACAAACAACUAUGAGUGUGUCAUUGGACAGGGCCACUUCGGUAAGGUUUAUAAGGGCACUCUGAAAGAUAAACAACAAGUGGCUGUGAAGAAGUCCAUCAAAGUUGACAAGGACAUGAAGAAGGAAUUCACCGAUGAGGUUAUAAUCCAAUCCGAGAUGAGGCACAAAAACAUUGUCAGGCUCCUAGGUUGUUGCCUAGAGUUCGAUGUUCCCGUGUUGGUGUAUGAGUUUGUGGCGAAAGGGAGUUUGUACGAUGUCCUCUUCAAAAGCAAGGAUAGCAUUCCAGUGAACAAGCGCCGGGCAAUUGCUAUUGGGUCAGCUGAAGCCCUAACAUAUAUGCACUCGGCUGGGGAGAGUACGAUACGUCACGGUGAUGUUAAAUCUGCAAACAUUCUUCUUGAUGAACAUUUCACCCCAAAAGUUUCAGACUUUGGUACCUCGAAGUUGCUCGCAAAAGGAAAAGACGAGGAGACUGAUCGUGUUGUUGGGGACAUGAGUUACAUAGAUCCAAUAUAUAUGGAGAACGGGGUCAUUACACAAAAGAGUGAUGUCUACAGUUUUGGAAUUGUUCUCAUAGAGCUCAUCACAAGAAGACCUGCAACAUAUGACGUCAAGAGGAGCUAUGUUGCAAACUUUGUUCAAUCUUGUGCAGAAAAAAGAGUAAGGAACUUUAUUGAUAACGAUAUUACAAGUGAGGUUGAUAUUGCUAUGUUGGAAAUGGUUAGUGGGGUUGCUGCAGAUUGUCUAAAACCUAAUCCAGAAGAACGGCAUGAUAUGAAACAAGUAGAACACCGGCUCCUCAAAAUUAUUGGACAACCCGUAUAUCAUGGUUAG